AUGAGUAAAUCUCCAAAAGAUUUGUCCAUUUUGGCGGGAACCAACUCAAAAACUAAGGGAGGCACUAGAUAUAAAAUUGACAAAUUCUUUAAACAUAAAAAAUACACAUCGAAACCCAAUAAGAAUGAUAUUGCUUUGUUGAGAACUGCUGAGAACAUCAAAUUUACAGACAAAGUUAAACCCAUCGAAGUAGCAACCGAAGACCCCAAACCAGGAGAAAAGUGUAAAUUAUCUGGAUGGGGAUUCACUACCCAAAAUCAGAGAAACAGACCCGACAAAUUGCAAUGGUUGGACGUAAGAGUUAUAUCUGAGAAAGAUUGUAAAACUACGUUUAAUCAUUUACGACGCUUUGAAAAGACUGACCCUAUUACUCCUAACCACAUCUGUAUUCUCAACAAGAAAGGUGAAGGCGGUUGUCAGGGUGAUUCUGGUGGAUCAUUGGUAUGCAACAACAAAUCAAGUGGUGUUGUCUCGUGGAAUAUUCCAUGUGCCAAAGGCCAGCUUGAUGUCUUCACGAGAACCAGUAAAUACACCUCUUGGAUUAAGGACACCAUGGAUUCCAAUAAGCCUUAACUAUAUUUUUG